UACCGGACUUUUAUUUACAAAAGUAACAAAAAUUUGACUCAUCCUUCUCUAAUAGUUUUAUAGAUAAACAAUAUUUGAAUUGAAAUGGAUAUAAAUCGAGUAUCAAACGAAAAGAAACUUAAUCUUUGUACUUGGUACUUUAGAGCUGGAUUCGCUUUCCUCCCUUUUGUUUGGGUGAUAAAUGUUAUUUGGUUUUUUGAUUCAGCUGUAAGAAAACCUCCAUUCGAAGAACAAAAUGCAAUAAGAAAAUAUGUGAUAUUAUCAGCGAUUGGAUCUUUCAUCUGGAUCAUAAUAAUAGCGACAUGGGUGUCACUGUUUCAAGCUAAUAGAAUUGCUUGGGGAUCCUGGGCUGAUGAUUUGUCUUUUAUAAUUCCAUUAGGCUCGAAAUAAGUAAUAAAAUAAAGAUAUCUACCUUGAAUUUAUAAAAUACUUGCUUUUAUACAUUAAAAACAAAUGUUUUCAC